UGAAAAUAAAAUAAUGGAAAGUUUAGACUCAAAGAUAGUCCCAGACCACAUAAAUAGUGAGGAUGAAGAGGAUGAGUUCAGCUAUAAUGCUCAACAAAGAAGCUCUAAGCUGAAGAAGAUGUUAUUGUCUCCUGAGCCAAUGUCUCAAAGAUCAGAUACUCAGAUAGAAGAACUUUGCCUCCUAUUAGCUGCUGAUUAUCAAAUCUUUGCAAAGCUAAGAGAGAAGGAUAAAGAUCUUACAUCUCUAGUAAAAACAUUGUCAAUGGAAAGUUAUGACUCGAAUUCCCGCAUCUUACAGCCAGGCGAUACCAAUAUACAGUAUGUAUAUAUUGUGAUAGAUGGAUUUCUAAGUGUUUACACAAAGCCAUCUCCAAGCUCACUUCCACUUUCCGAUUUCAACAGCUACAAAGACGAAGACAAUGUUGAAUGGCAGAGAAUUGAUAGUUUAAUAGCAAAAGACGUUUUCGGUGAACUAUAUCUUCUCUAUGACAUUCCUUGCCAGGUCCUCAUAAGAACAGAAGGAAGGAGCAACCUGAUAAAGAUCCCUAAAGAGGCCUUCGAAGAGUACAUUAAGGAAUAUUAUCUGGAAAGCAUGGAAAAUAUGAUAGAGUUUUAUCGAGAUCUUCUCUUUGGAGAUAAAAUUGAACUUAAGCAUCUCCUUCCCUUAGCUGGAGUCACUCAAAUGAGAAAGGUACAGGCUAAUGUAGUCCUGGUCAAGCAAGGAGAGAAAGCCAAGUAUAUUUAUUUUAUUAAAAGUGGGAUUACUAAAGUGAUGAGAGAAGUACCAUUUAUUAAAGAAGUUGAUGAAUAUAGUAAACAUGAAGCUGAAAGUUUCUAUAAGGAUCCUACCUAUGAAGAUUAUAACUGCCAUAAUGUAAAGAAUAGGCUUUUGGAAGUUGAUAAAUUAGGGAGAUUCUGUUCGUUUGGAGAUAGAGAUUUCCCUCCUCCUAAGUACACUGAAUGAUAUGAACCAUUCACAGUUGUAUCAUUUAUCCCAUGAGAACUUUACUUUGUUGAAAGAGAUGUCUUACUCCAAUUGUUGCCAAAGAACAUUUCUCUUGAUUUGAAAUCCUUCCCAAAUGAUUUCAAUUUACGUAAAUAGGUACUAUGAACAGAAAAGUUGGAAGGUAUUUAAAAACAAAGUUUUCCAAUCUCUUUUAAGCCCGAAACAGCCUAAAAAUAUUUACAAAAAGAAGCCUAAGUACUUAAGUCCUGGAAAAGAUGAUCUCAAACUUCCUAAAUUGUCAACUCCAAAGCAGAAAGAGUCAAAAGAGAUGACUGUAAACAUUAAAAAGCCCAAGAUGAGCUUCUUUAAGAAUAGGGUUUAUCAAACGAAACGAAGUUAAAUUUAGCCUGAUAAUAUUCUUCUAGCUUGACUUAGUAGCCUGUUUAUAUUCUAUUCUAAAGAAAUUCCAUGAGAAUAACAAGGGGUUAACAUGAGCACUAAAGCUAAGAAAAUUAUUUAUUA